AUGUCAAUCGUGGACGCAGUCGUCGAAUUCGUAGACCGUUGGACACACCGCCGAGGAAUCUUCCUCUGCGAAAAUGUGCAGAGCAGAUCCUUCGACCUUGCCGAACAGAUUCUCGAUUCUGGCGCACUGUCAUCCGCGAUCAGGGGCCUCCGCGCGGUGGUGACACGGCUGCACAUCCGGCAUCACCCAGAUCAUCGAACGAGUGACUCGAUAGCAGCAAAGGAUCCGGAGUCAUUCCUGCGCAGGAUGGUCGAACUCCGCGAGACUGGAUUGUGCUAUGCCCUAGCCGACGACGAACUGCGUGCAUUAUACACCCAGGUCGUCGCCUCUCCUGGCAAGCCACGUCUUCAAGGCAGAAUUGUCUACAACGAGAAGAACUUCACGGUUCCCGGGUACUUCGUCACGCCCUUGCGGAGCAUGAGCCCUUUGCGCAUAUGCAAGGACGCUCUGCCAAGUGUUUGCAGUCUGGAGGAAUUGCGCGAUACUUUUGGAGUUCCGAUUUGGAAACCUGGGAGGUCUGGACAUGUGUUUGCUUAUCGCUGUGCCAAGAAGGAGACUCUUGAGAAGAUGCAGCAGUCCCGCUGGCGCUUACUAUCGAGCUGUGGACAGAGCUUUCAGCAGUGA